AUGUCUUCUCCUGCUGCCCUCGAUGCCGCUUGUAUUUUUUGCAAAAUUAUCAAAGGUGAAAUCCCAUCUUUCAAAUUAAUUGAAACUAAGUACUCGUAUGCAUUUUUGGACAUACAACCAACUGCUGAAGGCCAUACGUUAAUCAUUCCCAAGUAUCACGGUGCAAAAUUGCAUGACAUUCCUGAUGAAUUUCUUACCGAUGCCAUGCCAAUCGCGAAGAGACUGGCUAAGGCGAUGAAGUUGGACACUUAUAACGUGUUGCAGAAUAAUGGCAAGAUUGCGCAUCAAGAAGUCGAUCACGUUCAUUUCCAUUUGAUUCCGAAGAGAGACGACAAGACUGGUUUGAUUGUAGGGUGGCCAGCUCAAGAAACUGACUUCGAUAAGCUAGGCAAGCUGCACAAAGAACUGCUUGCCCAAUUAGAAGGCUCCGAUUAG